AUGUGUACAACUGCUUUAAAGGCAAUCAAUCUAAUUCCAACAAUAAAGAAACUAUUGAGCUUCGCGGGAGGAUUCGGCUUAGGACAAUUAUACUAUGUCUUCUUUUUAAAGGACAUCCAUCUUCCACAUAAAACUGGAGAAUUUGUAUCCAUUAUUAUAAGUAUUUUACUAGGCAUCGGUAACGCUGUGUCCAUACAAUUGCGUUGCAUAUCUCUACUAAUGUUUCCCAUGUAUUGUGGCAAGCCAGGUCGUGGAGUAUUGAAGGCUGUCGUACUCACCUAUGUAGUAGCAGGUCCCAUAACAAAUAUGGGUUUAAAUGCAAAGGAAAUAGUACGAGUAUUUGCUUGCAGCGCCCAAUUGUCACAUAACCUAUCAGAAAUUCGAUAUAAGUUUAUGUCCAAACCUAUCAAGACAGCGAUUCUCAGGUCGAGAUAUGAAAUAAACGAGUUCAAGGAUGCGUUCAGAUCCAUCUAUGAAAUCACAACGCCGUUUGAAAAUGAAAUAGAAACAUCGAAGGAGUUGGAACGGAUUGUACACCAAAGUAAUAUCGUGGAUGAUUUUUUUGGCAACAAACAUCGAUCCGAGAAAAUCGAGAAGAAAUAUCAAACGACGACCAAACUAAAGAAGGAGAUAUAUCAGAACAAAUAUCUCAAGAAAGUUGAAUAUCGAUGUGAGAAUCAGAUAACGCAAGGUAUUUUUAAAUGUGCGGAGAUGUUCGACCCAGCGUAUGAAGCCUGCUGUCGCGCUGCCCCAGCGUAUGCUGCAGAAACUUUAUGCUAUCCAUUAACAGUUGAAUUCGCAUGCAAUAUCAUGCACUUUAUUGAUUCGCCUGAUAUAUGCGAUGGAAGGGAGCAGAUUGACCCUGGUUUAGGAGAGGGAUAUUACUACCUGAAAAAAUUAAAAGAAGAACUUUUGAAGAACGUAAAUGAUAUUAAAUUACAGUAUAAGGUUACGUAUGAAAAUGAGCUGUAUAAUGUGCAGGAUGCGAGAGAGACAGGCAAGCGGGUACUGCACGAAUUCGAACAGAGAGGCACAAGCAUGCAAUAUGUGGUCAGCGUGGUGAACAUCUGCCUAGCGCUGUUGCUGCUGCGCAUCCCAUUCGCCGCUCAGAGUUACCACGACCUGUACCUCACCAGCAUCACAUACGACAACCUGUAUAUCACUUCAUAUUUUAAGCAAAUUGAUCAAAGACGGAAGUUGAAGAACAAAUAUACGUUGCUUCCUUUGAAGAAGAUGGAACGCAACAAAUACGUAGACGUCCACUCCUUUGAGUACAAAUCAUCGCAGCGUAGCAAGCUAGUUACACCAAUUCUCAAGGUGAUGCUGGAAGUGGUCACAGCGACUACCUUCGUCAUGUUAGACCGCCUAUUUUUCGAAGCUUUGGACGUCGUGCGAAAGCAUGCAAGCAGUGAAAUGACUCAACAAGGAACAAGGGAUUUAGAAAUAGAAGUAGAAGGUAAUGGUACAGUCGCCACAAUGAUCCGCAACUUACUGAGCAGCUUGAACACGACGCGCUAUGUUAGCGCUGUCACAAACAAACCGUGCUUACCGCAACCCAGUGCAAUGCCCUCUAUCUUCUUCGUCAAGAUCUACUGCGGGUAUCUGUGGAUACUGAUGCUGUUGUAUUUAAACCCUUACACGUUACGGCUUAGAAGAUUAAUAUGUAGUUACUUCUACCCUCGCCGAGAGAAGCAGCGCAUACUGCAUUUGUAUAACGACAUUCUUAAAAAACGAAUGAAAAUGCAGAAAACACUCAGAAGGAAGGCUUUGCAGGCAGUACGCGCACACUACCUGUCCGGAGGGAACUUGCGUAGUUUGAGAAUGAGGUUCCCUAGGCUUCUUGGCUGGCUUACAGUAUUGCCAGCUGCUAGGAUGCCUUGUCUUAUUUGUGGGGAAACUGAACCUAGAAAUAUAACGACGUCAAGUUCGUGGCGCCGGUGUAAUUCGGUGGCGUGCGGUUUCGCAUGGUGCGGCGAGUGUUGGCGCGAGGCGGGCGCGCGCUGCCUCGCCUGCGACCCCGUACUUACGCGCCUCAGUGACCUCGACUCGCUCAGCGACGAUCAGCCAACGGCAUACUGA